AGACUAGCUAAUUUUGACAGUACUUACUUAAAUUAACGGUCAUAGAAAUUUGAUUUUGUGAAUUGUAUGUUUGUAACGUUUGUCGUUUGGUGUUACAUGUUAUUUAUCUAAAACACGCUUGUGUUGUGUGUUUUCUUAAAAGUACAAUUUAAUUUACACAUUUUCGAGUAGUCAGUGUUACAAAAUGUAAUGGGGGAUUUAUCUGAAUAUAUAAAAAACCAUCUCUACCUUCUUCAUAAAAAGAAAAGUGACUUGUUUGGUACAGUGCAAGAGCGGAUCAUGAAAAUGAACACGCAAAGAAAACAAAGCCGCUUGGACGACGCCUUGGUCAAACGAAGAAUUCCCGAGAACAUGUCUCCAAUCGUAACACCAGUCCCCAAAAGAAAUAAACGAGAAGAAAGACGUGAGCCAGCAGAUCCAGGAGUGAACAAACGGCUGGAGAUGCUAAAAAAAUGGAAGACAGAGAAGGAGAAACGGAAAGAAGUGCAGAAAAAGACCAGCAAACCCAUUUUCAAAGUGUCGCAUGUCUCUGUGGCUCUGGGGCUUCCCAAACUGGAGAUGGUGAAUAGGGAAAUCAAAGGCAAACCGUUCAAGUCGAAGUUCGCUCCUCCGAAUCAUAAAUUUCACCCGCCACCGAACAUACAACCUAUUUAUUUUGAUAACAAAGACCCACAGUCGUCGAAAAAUACGAGUAGAGAUAAAAAGACUGAAAAAGAGUCUCACAAAAUGGUAACGAGGUCGCAGGCGCGGGCUACGUCGGCACUUCAGAAAAACGAAGCCAAAGUGAAGACAACGGGAAAAAAGACUCCUACCAAAGCGAGCAGAAUGGGCGAGAAGAAUAAAACCAGAGAAGAUAGUGAUUUAACUUUAGUACCACCUAAGCAGCCAGUAACCAAAGCGAAAUCAAGAGCAAAAACUGAAAAAUCCAACACAACGAAGGAGAAGAAUGUAAAACACGAAAACAGUAUUUGCAGUGAUGCACCUAUGAAAACGCCUGUCUUAACGAAAUCAGAGCCAAGUUCCACUGUUCAACAGGACAAAAUAGAGGAAACGAAUGAAAAUAAAGAAAAUAUUGACUUAUCUUUGAUAUCACCUGACUACCCAGUUGCGAAUAUUCAAUCAACUGAAAGUGAUGAGGUGCAGACGCCUAUUAAAGUGGCGCCUCCUAUAUACAUUAGCCCUUUCGUGACAAUAUCUCGAGGAAAAAACAGUGCUCGAAAAGAGUACGUAGUUCGAAAAUUAGGACAAUCUUUUUCUUCAAAUAUAGACACUCCUGAUUACACGUCGCCAAAAGCAGGCGCUGUCUAUUUCACGUGGCUUUUGGAUAGUGAAAUAUCUCGUUUGAAAGACAUGUGCGACCAAUGGACUACAUAUAAAAAUGAAAUGGAUCCUCCUGAAGAAGCCGUCUCAAUGAUUGACGUUGCCUUGGGCCAAACUAAUCUCUUAAUAACAAAAAAAUUCGAGCAAUUCCGAGGUUUGAUACACAAGUGUCAAUCAGAAACUGAAGAGGCUCUUGUCACAUGUGAAGAUCUACACGGUUUUUGGGAUAUGAUGCAUUUACAAGUCAAUAAUUUGGACAAGAGAUUCGCAAACCUAGACAAUUUGAAAGCCAACAAUUGGCAAGAAAUUAUACCUGAAGUGAAGAAGGACGUGAAAAAGAAGAGUCGAAAACCGAAAACAGUGAAAGCUUCAAGUGCUCUUCGAGAAGCUAUUCAAGCUGCUCGCAAAAAGAAACAAGAAAAUCCAGACAUUUCGCUCAAUAAAAGUAAUAAAAGAGUCUCAGUUAUGCAAAGCGAAGAGAAAAAGAAAAGAAUUAGUUCUCCGGGACUUUUGAUGAUGAAAGUGACCCAAUUUGGGAAAAAUGUCGAGACUCCUGCCAAAAGUAUAUUGAAAGAAACAUCUGUGAAAUCAAAUCAGAAAAGUCAACAAAAAUCUGUGUUGUUUCAUGAUGAAGUAUCAGUCGAAAUUAGGGACACUGAUCUACACAAUUCUGGAGUGAAAACACCAAUACGGCGGUCAGAAAGACUUUCGAAAGGUAAAUUGUUUUAAAAUGUUAACUGAUAAUUUUUUGUGUGUUUAAAAGUUGGUAAUUUUUAUAAAUGAAUUGUUUUAAUUGUGUUAAUAUUGCAGUAAUAAAGGUAAUGACUUCCU